UGCCACUAGUAGUAGAUCCAUUUUCUUACUUGACUUUGAGGUUAUGUUGUGAAAUUAAAAUUAAUUUGAGUUAUAAAAAUGGCAUUAUUGCGACCAAUUUCGUAUGUGAUAAGAUUAAACAUAAAGAAUAUAAGGUCGGGAUGUUAUUCUCGUUUAUUGUCAACAGAAAUUAGUGACGAAAAACCAGCGGAAACCAAACCUGGCAGUUAUGCCCAGGCUUUUGAAAAAUUCGAAGGUUUAAAAGAUGGCAAAAGCACGGAAAAACCACAAACAUUUGCCUCACUUUUACGUAACUCGAAGUUUAUUGAUUUGGGCGACCCUGAAGGGAAAGUAGUUUCAGGAAAAGUAUUUCAUAUAGUUGAUGAUGAUUUGUACAUAGAUUUUGGAUGGAAAUUUCAUUGCGUGUGCCCACGACCAAAGAAAAAUGCCAGUGAAUAUGUAAGAGGUAGUAAAGUUCGAUUACUUAUAAAGGAGUUGGAAUUAUCAUCGAAAUUUUUGGGUUAUGAAAAGGACAUCACUCUACUUGAAGCUGAUUGCGUCUUAUUGGGGCUAGUCCAAGACAGAAGUAAAAAUCCCCAGUAAACCAUUUUGUAAGUUUAUUUUAUAAUAAAAUACAUUUUUACAUUGA